UUCUUGUGUGCCACUACAAUACAACCAGCAAGCAUGGCUUAGUUCUCACUAUUCACUCGCAAACAAUAAUUUCUUUUCCGCAAUAUUAUUUUCUCGGUACCAAAGAAGUCGCUAGAAGAAUUAAAGAAAAACGAAAAAUAAAACAGCUAACAACCCAAGAGAGGGAAACGAAAACUCAACCGAACCCCGCGACGAGAGAGAUAUGCGAUUGCGGUGGCGGCGGCGGUGGUCAGGGUUGUUGAGUCCCCGAUCGACGGCCAAUGCAGCGGUUCGUUGCGGCGGCGGACGGCGUCGUUGAUGGACCUGCAGAUGACUUGGCAGCCGAGUCUCCUGAGUCAGAAACGCAAAACCGGUCCUCCUAUAGGGCUCCGUAACCUGGGCAACUCGUGCUACCUCAACAGCGUCCUCCAGUGCCUCACAUACACUCCUCCUCUCGCCAAUUUCUGUCUCACUCUCCAACACUCUUCUCUCUGUGAUUUCUCUGCGUCUACGUGUCCGUUCUGCAUACUGGAGAAGCAGAUUGCGCGUUCACUAAAAUUGGAUCUCUCGCACGACGCGCCUUCCAAGAUCCAGAGCUGUAUACGGAUCUUUGCCGAGCACUUCCGCUGUGGCCGCCAGGAAGACGCGCACGAGUUCCUCCGGUACGUAAUCGACGCCUGCCACAAUACCUGCCUCCGCCUCAAGAAGCUCCACCGCAAAGGCGGAGACGCUAAUGGAGGCGGCGGAGACGGUGGCGGGAGUACGGUGGUAAAGCAGAUUUUCGGUGGCGCCUUGCAGAGUCAGGUGAAGUGUCUGUGCUGUGGAUAUGAGUCGAAUAAGGUUGAUGAGAUAAUGGAUAUCAGUCUUGAUGUUUUCCAUAGUAACUCGCUUCAAGACUGCAUGCAAAAGUUCUUUCAGCCUGAGGUUUUAGAUGGCAACAACAAGUACAAGUGUGAUAGUUGUAAGAAAUUGGUGGCGGCUAAGAAGCAAAUGUCCAUACUUGAAGCACCUAACAUCCUUGUGAUACAACUAAAGAGAUUUGAGGGCAUAUUGGGUGGCAAGAUUGACAAGGCUGUUGCAUUUGAAGAGGUUUUGGUUCUUUCUAGCUUCAUGUGCAAAGCAAGCCAGGAUCCACAGCCAGAAUAUAAGCUCUUUGGCACUAUUGUGCAUUCAGGCUACUCCCCCGAAUCUGGUCAUUACUAUGCUUAUAUAAAGGAUGCAAUGGGUCGGUGGUAUUGCUGUGACGAUUCUAGUGUAUCAGUUGCAACCCUGCAAGAAGUUUUGUCAGAAAAGGUUUAUAUUCUUUUUUUCUCUCGAACUAAUCAAAGGCCAGUGUCAAGUAGUAAUUCUCUUGCUUCAAACGGUGUAAAGCCUUAUUUCAAUGGGAGCCAAGCAUCUGAAUUUUCAAAGGUUGGUAUACCACUGAAAGAUGUGCAUGCAAAGUCAAGUUCUGAGCUAUCUCCUUGGAAGGAUAUACCAAGUGUAGCUAAGACUGCUAAAGUACCUUCCAGCUCACGAGUUAAGUUUGACAUUAAUGGAGGUUCUACUUCCAAAAGAAGUCCUGCUCCUCUAAGUGUGAAUGGGAAAGUUGAUGUUUCUAGGAAUCAGCCUUUAUUAAUAAAUGGACAUGUCAAAGAUUCAGAGUCUUUGGAAAAUGGUAAGAAAGAUCCUUCAUCAUUACCUGCCAGGAAUGGUAUUGACAAAAAUAAAGUUGAUGUUGACAAAUUCAAAAGAAAGGAGUCAACAUUUACAAAUGGCCACAGUGAUAAUCAGAUGGUUGAUAUCCAUUCUGUAAAGUCGGAUCCCAGGGAAGAUACUGAUAAAAGCAGGGUAAUAGCAGAUAAAGGUUCUGACAACUUUAAGCUUGAAAACAAUGGCCUCAGCAAUAAACCCAAAAUAUUGGGGAGUAAGAGAAAGGUACAUGAGGACCCAUUCAUUUUACUUGCACAUGAUGGUCAGUCUCAAGCAAAAGUUCAAAAACUGAAAGACAAUCUUGUGAAAGAGGCGAAGUCACAUUUGAUAUCCUGUGGCUGGACAAAUGAGGUCUAUGAAUUUAUGCGCUCUAAGUUACGUGCACAAGAAGAUGGAAAUUUAGAGAAUGGAGAUGAAACAAGGAAGUCGUUAAUUAGAGAGGCGCAGCUAGCUUUCAACUCAAAGAUUCCAGAGUCAUUGAGAAAGGAUUUGAUUGAACGACUCAAACCUUUAUCCAAGAAAACAAUACAAUUUUAAGGACCUUGAUCUGAGCAUGCGUAGGAGGUAAACUAUUAGUAUGCUUAUACAAAUUUUCCGUUCUGUCUUUAAAUCAGUUAGUGCUUUGAUAUUUUCUUUAUCAUUUUGAAAAUAUUGCAGCAUGUUGAUCUUGUCUUGAUAGUGAGGCGUGGUGUGUAUACUCUGUAUUACUAAUUAUUGUAGUGAUGGCGUUACCCUUACUAGGAUACUAGUUUGGGUUUGUGACAUACUAACUCUUUGAGCUAGUGCUGGCGGUAGGAGGAGGAGAAUAUGGAAACUUGUUAUCAUCGAAGUUUGGCUUUGUUAUGCUUCUAGUUUCAUGCAUAUUUGAGCUAGAAGUCCAGAUUUCAUGUCUUGCCACAAGUUUUCAUUCUCUAUGUAGGCUAUGAAGUUGUAUUGAAUCUUGAGGAGAGCAUGCCAGGAAUUCUAUUCAUUCUGUACAAUCUACUUUAGUCAUGUGUACUGGAGCAAAAUCUUAAUUUUCUAUAAAAUUGCUCAAAAAAUUUUGCACCGAAAA